AUGGUAAAAAAUCUCUCAUGGAUCGUUCUGUUCGCCCUUGUACUCUGCUCGAUAGCUCGGAGGUCGUUGCUGCCGAAAAUUGAGAUUAGUAUGCUUGUGGACGAACUGAGUUCUCAAGAAGCCAAAGAAUUUCUCAAGCGGAACGGAAAUACGACUAUUAAUGUUUCAAAGUCUCUGACUAAAUCAGAAGGAGAAUCAGAUGACGUGACCAACUCCACGUCAUCUGGACCAGAAGACUUUGAAGAAGCGACGACUGACCUCAUCAGUUCCGUGGCUAAAGAAGAGCCUUCUUCUGAUCCCGAUGACUAUGACGCUACCGUAACCACGACUAUAAAUCCCGAUGACUUCAAUGAACCGGAAGCAGUGACGUCACCGGCAAGGCCGAUGUUAUUGUCCGAAUUUGCGAAUCAUCUCGCCAGCGGGAUUCGCACAAGACCCGAAACAACAACACAGCCAUUGCCCGACUUUCCAACUCCGAAGCCGACAGUGUUUACGGCACUUCCUGACGAGAAUUUUCCGUUUAUGAUCACAGCAGCCAAGGUUCUUGACGAUCACGUCAGAAAGGAUUUGUUUUCACAGUGUUUUUCUUCAGGAAUUCAUACGUCGUUAUUUGUCUCCGGAGCAAUGGCGCAAGCUAAGAAUUCUAUUGAAGACGAUCAAAGAAGUCGGAGGAUCAAGGCAGGAUAUCCAUCGAGCUGCCACGUCAUUCAUUUCAAAAGUACGUUGCCCACCAGAUAUCCCUAUGUUUACCUGCGGCUUGAGGUGAUUUCAAAAGCCGAGAUGGCGGAGAUCACAGAACGAAAGAACGAGCUGUUUCAAACAUUCAACCGUCGAUAUUUCGACACAAUUCGAGUAAACUGA